AUGGACUCGCCUAUUCUGGCGCGCGUCUUCCGCCAGCUGUUUCGCCAUCAUCCGUCGUGUCGCGCCCGCCAGAACCUUGCCGCUCUGUCCUCCUGUAUCCGAGAUGGUCGCAACCAACCUCGCCGCCACAUGGCCUCCAGGCCUCGCCAGACCGUUGCCCGUGGUGCGAAGCCAAAGGCGGCCUCCAAUGAAAGCGACUGGCAGCAGCGCACGGAGCUUUUUUCUCUCGACAUGGCAGAACAGUACCGCGACUAUCCCCUCGUAACCGCCGACGACCUUCGCCGAACCCGCUCGCGACCGCGCCAGGUCAAAAUGCUCAUGCGUGACUUCAUCGAAGACAGCCUUUACAAUCCCCACUACGGCUACUUCUCCAAGCAAGUGGUGAUAUUCUCACCCGGAGAGCCUUUUGACUUCAACUCGCUCCCCAACGAACCUGCAUUCCACGCCCAAGUCGGACAGCGCUACACGGAGUUCGAGGACAAGCUUGACGCUGUUGCGCAUGAUGACACGCGCCAGUUAUGGCACACACCAACCGAGCUCUUCCGCCCUUACUAUGGCGAGGCCAUCGCACGCUACCUCAUGUCCAACUACAUAAUGUCUGGUUAUCCAUACCACGACCUGAUCAUCUACGAAAUGGGCGCUGGACGCGGCACCCUCAUGCUCAACAUCCUCGACUAUAUCCGCGACAUGGAGCCCGACAUCUACGACCGAACCCAGUACCGUAUCAUCGAGAUCUCGCCCCAACUCGCAGACAUGCAGGCAGGACAGCUUUUGACCUCGGCAGCGAGCAAGGGCCAUGCGUCCAAGGUUGAAAUUAUCAACAAAUCCAUAUUUGAUUGGAAUGACAGGAUACCAUCGCCGUGCUUCUUUCUGGGCAUGGAGGUCUUCGACAACUUUGCCCACGACGCGAUCCGGUACGAUCUCAAGACAGAGCAACCGCUGCAGGGCACUGUCCUUAUCGACGACAAGGGCGAUUUUCACGAGUUUUACGAACCUGUGCUCGAUCCAGUCGCGGCACGAUACCUGCGUGUGCGUAACGCCGCGACAAAUGGGCGCUAUCCUCUACCAUACAGCUCGUCCCGCCUCCUUCGGCAGCUGAAGCAAGCUCGACCCUUUGCGCCAAACCUCAGUGAUCCGGAGUAUAUUCCUACUCGACUGAUGCAAUUCUUCGAUAUCCUCGAGCGAUAUUUCCCUGCUCAUCGGCUCUUGACGAGCGAUUUCCACACCCUGCCAGACGCCGUUAGAGGUUUGAACAGUCCUGUCGUCCAGACUAGGUACCAGAGGCGCAUGGUACCUGUGUCCACGCCCUUGGUACACCAGGGAUACUUUGAUAUCCUCUUUCCAACAGAUUUUCGAGUCAUGGAGUCAGUCUACCGUGCGAUCACGGGCAAGCUGACACGUGUCAUGACGCAUGAGGAUUAUUUCCGGGACUGGGCUUAUUUAGAUGACACGGAGACGCGCAGUGGAGAAAAUCCGUUGCUGAAUUGGUACAAAAACGCUAGCGUAAUGGUGACGAUAUAG